AAAUACCAACAAAUUAACCCAUUGUCCCUCAUCAACGUUUCAUCUCCCAUUUUAGCACGAACCGAAACCAUGGCUCUUCUCAAGAAACCUUCCCGUAUCUUCUUUGUCAUGCUGUUCUUUUCUUUAACUCUGUCAUCAGCGUUGGACAUGUCCAUAAUCGACUAUGAUCUCAAGCAUGGAGGACAACAACAGAAAAGAACCGAGACCCAGAUACGAAGAAUGUACGAGACUUGGCUGGUAAAACAUGGCAAAGCUUACAAUGGCCUGGGCGAGAAGGAAAAGCGCUUUGAGAUCUUUAAGGAUAACAUCAAGUUUAUUGAGGAACAUAACUCUGUUAACGGCACGUACAAGGUUGGUCUUAACAGGUUUGCGGAUUUGACCAAUGAAGAAUACAAGGCUAUGUACUUGGGGGCCAGGUUGGAUGGGAAAACCGUGUCACAUAGGCUCGCAGGGAAGGAGAAGAGCCAGAGGUAUGUGUUUAGGGUUGGUGAUAAAUUGCCUGAGUCUGUGGAUUGGAGGGAGAAAGGUGCCGUUGUGGCUGUCAAGGAUCAGGGCCAAUGUGGGAGUUGCUGGGCAUUCUCAACUGUUGCUGCAGUGGAAGGGAUAAAUCAGAUUGUAACUGGUGACCUCAUCUCUUUGUCGGAGCAGGAGCUGGUGGACUGUGAUAGAUUGUAUAACCAGGGAUGCAAUGGAGGUCUCAUGGACAAUGCCUUUGAUUUUAUUACUAAAAAUGGUGGCAUUGACACUGAAGAGGAUUACCCAUACCGUGCUUCUGAUAAUACAUGUGAUCCAAAUAGGAAAAAUGCCCGUGUUGUUUCCAUCGAUGGAUAUGAAGAUGUCCCUGAAAAUGAUGAGAAUUCUUUGAAGAAGGCUGUGGCACAUCAGCCAGUUAGCGUUGCCAUUGAAGCUGGUGGCAGGCCCUUCCAACUCUACCAAUCGGGUGUAUUUACUGGGCAUUGCGGUACAAACUUAGACCACGGGGUUGUUGCUGUUGGCUAUGGCACAGAAGAUGGUGUGGAUUAUUGGACAGUGAAAAAUUCAUGGGGUCCUGACUGGGGAGAGAAUGGAUACAUCAGGAUGGAGCGUAAUGUAGCCGGCACCUCCACCGGCAAGUGCGGUAUUGCAACAAUGGCCUCAUACCCAAUCAAGAAAGGGCAGAACCCCCCUAAACCUUCCCCCUCUCCCCCUUCUCCUGUGAAGCCCCCAACUGUUUGUGAUGAUUACUACUCAUGCCCUGAAGGAAGCACUUGCUGCUGCUUGUAUGAGUUUGGUAAAUUCUGCUUUGGAUGGGGAUGCUGCCCUCUGGAAUCUGCAACCUGCUGUGAUGAUCACUACAGCUGCUGCCCUCAGGAGUAUCCGAUCUGUGACCUUGCAACUGGAACUUGCCGAAUGAGCAAGGACAACCCACUGGGAGUAAAACUAUUGAGGCGAGGUCCAGCUACAAGUACCAGGCCACAAGCCAGGACAAGGAUCAGCAGGGCUUGAGCAGCACUAGAUUUCUCUCUGAUCAAGGAGGAAAAGCAGACAAAGAUUGCAGUGGAGGAAAAACUUUUCCUGCUUAAUGACCCAAAACAUUAGGGAGGGAGGCUGCAAUCUGCAAGGAGAAGACGAUUUGCUUGAUUUUAUUCAGCUGCCUUGGUGCAUCCCUUGUUUAUCUAAACAGCAUAUUGAAACUUUCAAUGCCUCUAAAUUUAGGGUCCUUUGUUGUAAAUAUACAGAAGAUUUUUAAUGAUUCCAUUUGCAUUAAUCGUGGUUAA